AUGCCUCCAUCCCCUCCUUGCGGUAGCGGUGAUGACAACGGCGCGGUGAUACCAACGACAGCGGGACUUCCUGUGGAACCGACUUGCCCCGACAAAGAAGUUGAGGCUUCAGCCCCCCGCAAUCCCAUAGCGGAGACCCAUGCAACGAGAGUACCAUCGCACCAAAGUUCCUCGCCUGGGUGGUUGAUUGCGUUCAAGAACGACUACAAUCGCUCAGAUGAUUUUCUUGUCAAUGGAGGAAACACAUAUGAUCCAAGAAAAUCGUACCUAGCACGCUUGAGAGAGAGAAUCAAAAAUCUAGACAAUGCUUUCACAAAAAACUCGGCAGAUCGGGCGAAUUGGCUUCAGAGAUUUCCAAAAUUAAGCACCGAGCACAACGGAAAGUUUACCACCAAAGUUCCAUGGGCAGCGUUCUUUGAGCAAGCGCGAGCGCAAACGACUUCGGAAAGAUCUGAACGACGGAUAGAAUCCGGAUCUUCAGCUGCAGACUCGACUCUUCAAACAGGGUCGAUAUUCGACAAAGUCAGCCAGCAGUCCAUCUCAGAUACGACAGCCAGCACGUUCUCUGAAGACCAUACCCUUGGCCAGUUUCAAGAAGGACACCAAAAGCCCUGCAGCAUAGAUGGCGAGCACAGUGAUGACUCCUCCGAAAACAACUUUGGGCAAGACGACCAAUAUUCACUGGAGAUUUCUAUUCGAAGGGUGCUAGCUGCCAGCCCAAAGUAUGCCGACGCCGUAGUCGACGUCCUCCAACGUCGACUUCAAGAUUUCAUACCGCGUAGCCAUGAUUCUUCGGAGGUAUCAACACUGCUUACGGGCAUUCUAUGCACCUUGGGAAACCAUGCGAAAUAUGAAGCGGUCGAUGGAGGGAGUUCCUCAAAAGGAAAGCGCUCGACUGGGCUAGGGAAGCAAAGCUCAGCAACACCUGCCAGUGCUACCAUUCCGGCCCGUCUAUCACCGCCUUCGAAAAUCAAGAGAGGUAGGGAUGACGAUGAGGAUGAAGAUAAGGAACAAGAGGUGCCGCCGGCUAAAAAGGCUCGGUGUGACGAGCUAGGCAAACACUUGCUCUGUCCCUACUUCAUGAGGUAUCGGAACUUGGUGGGUGGAGCUUGUCGAGCGCCGACCUCGUUCAGGACGUUCAGUGAUCUGAAGAAUCACCUGCACUCGAUGCACUUCGGGUGCUCUCAGGAUGAACUUCACAUGGACGAGGACGAUUGGAAAGCCAUCGAAGAAGUACUUAAGGAAGCCAGCAAAACGAGGCCCAAGAAAGGCACCGACGCUUCCUAUGAAAAGCAUCUGGGCACUUUCCAGAAAGUUUGGAGCAUUCUCUUUCCAGACUGUGGCCCUUGGACCCAGUCUCCUUUCUGCGAGGACGAUGAGAAUCUUAUCACAGAAGUCGGACUUUGCAAUGACUACGGGGACUUCAUUAUAGGAAAAGUUGAAGAGGUCUCUCGCUCCAUAUUUGACUCUGAGGCUCAACAAGCUUUCGAACGGGGCGAGGUCUCCAGCCCGACUGAAUUUCGCGCAUCUCGCAACAUGAUCAGCGAGAUGAUGAAGAGACUCUACGAAAUUGUCGUAGUCCACAAGCCGGAAGUUGCAGACCAAUUUCGCGACAUAUUCACUUCGACCACUACAGGAAUGAUGGGUGGCCAACGGGUCGGGUCUCAGAACAUAUCUGUCGAUGAGGAUCACGGCCUCUCAAGAGCUACCGCAGAUACACAGGAGCUGGGGCCAUCACACCCAUCGCAGGUGACAUUCAAAUUACCCCUUUAUGGUAGAGAAGAUUUCUCUCAUCCAGGCUCAACUUCUGUAGCCUCUCAUGAGACAUUGGUUCAGCCAGACUCGGCAACCCCCCAUUCCAAGGGCGGAAAGAUCUUCUGUGACCAGGAGCCUCAAGAGACGGGCCCGCGGCACAUACAGCGGGACUCUUCGCAAACUUUUGGCAACAUGAAUAAUCAUCCGCAAGAAGACUCUGCGGGGGACCCAUCGUCUCAGAUACCGAAAUCUUCGUUAGCUGAGGAGCCUGCGACUUAUUUUCUAGAUGAGAUGGAAAUUUCGAUGCCACCCGACAGUGGCUUUGACUGUGACAUGUUGCAGUGGGAAGAAUCCGCGAGUACCUUGGUCGAUUGGGACUCGUUUCUUCCACCUCAAUUGAACGAAUAUACUGGAGAAUCAUGA